GAGGGCCGAGUCCGUCGGAGAAACAACAAUUUCAUUCCUCAUUUCCAUCCUUUAAUUAUAAGACUACAUUUCUUCUCAUUCAUUCUUCAUUUUUCACAUUCCCCUUCUCUACAUUUCACUCCGAUUAGGAAAUGGCAGAAGCCGAGGAUAUUCAACCUCUCGUAUGUGAUAAUGGAACUGGAAUGGUCAAGGCAAGAUUUGCAGGAGAUGAUGCUCCGAGAGCUGUGUUCCCUAGCAUCGUGGGGCGCCCACGACACACGGGUGUGAUGGUGGGUAUGGGACAGAAAGAUGCCUAUGUUGGAGAUGAGGCUCAGUCCAAGAGAGGUAUUUUGACUCUCAAAUACCCCAUUGAGCAUGGGAUUGUUAACAAUUGGGAUGAUAUGGAGAAGAUUUGGCAUCACACCUUCUACAAUGAGCUCCGUGUGGCUCCAGAGGAGCAUCCAGUUCUUCUUACAGAAGCUCCUCUCAAUCCCAAGGCCAAUCGUGAAAAGAUGACUCAGAUCAUGUUUGAGACAUUCAACACGCCUGCAAUGUAUGUUUCUAUUCAAGCCGUUCUUUCUCUCUAUGCCAGUGGCCGUACGACUGGUAUCGUGCUGGACUCUGGUGAUGGUGUCAGCCAUACAGUGCCUAUUUAUGAAGGAUAUUCCCUUCCACAUGCCAUCCUGCGUCUUGAUCUGGCAGGGCGUGACCUCACGGAUGCUCUCAUGAAGAUACUCACAGAGCGUGGUUACUCUUUCACCACCACAGCAGAGCGUGAAAUUGUGAGGGACAUGAAAGAGAAGCUGGCCUACAUUGCUCUUGACUAUGAACAAGAGCUGGAAACUUCAAAAACCAGCUCUGCUGUAGAGAAGAGCUACGAACUUCCUGAUGGACAAGUCAUCACCAUUGGUGCUGAGCGAUUCCGCUGUCCAGAAGUCCUCUUCCAGCCAUCAAUGAUUGGAAUGGAAGCUGCUGGAAUUCACGAAACUGCAUACAACUCUAUCAUGAAGUGCGACGUGGAUAUUAGGAAGGAGCUUUAUGGAAACAUAGUUCUCAGUGGUGGAACCACCAUGUUCCCAGGCAUUGCUGACAGAAUGAGCAAAGAAAUCACAGCUUUGGCACCAAGUAGCAUGAAAAUUAAGGUGGUGGCACCUCCGGAGAGGAAGUACAGUGUGUGGAUUGGAGGCUCUAUCUUGGCAUCCCUCAGCACAUUUCAGCAGAUGUGGAUUGCAAAGGCAGAGUACGACGAAUCUGGGCCAUCAAUUGUUCACAGGAAAUGCUUUUAAGUACUCAGACCUGAAAGAAGUGAUGGUUGCGGAGCUAUAUCUGUUUUGUGAUGUCGGAAAGCUUUUGAUAAUACUUUUACAGCACUAUCUUGUUUCUAUGUUUUUCAGUUUUGUAUGUUUUGUUGGUAAACUCUGUCUAUUUAUCUAAUGUUGGAGGCUGGAUCAUACUAAGAUUCAAAGUUUCCUUUAAUAAUAUUUUGUAGAAGAUUGUUCAUUUUUAAUGUUUUCAUUGGUCUC